ACCGUCCAACUAAGUUGGAAACAGCAUCCAAACCCAUGGACACACAAGACAGUGUUCAUUUUUGCCAUUUUUAUCAUCCUCACACAAUUCAGCACUGAUCAUAAUUCAAAAGCUGUUGUUCCUGGUGAGACAUUUGUUCUUGAAGCUCUCAAACUAAGAAGCAUUCAGAUUUUUUCCAAGUAAUCAACAAGAAGAGGGAUCCUAAUUCCUAAGUGAAAUCUUGUCCUCAUUUAGCAACCUUCUUUUCUGCCCAUUGAAUGGUACCAGACUACCCAGUGAAGAAUAAGGCAGCUUGUGGACAAUUAAACAAGAGUUUGAGCUACUGAAGAUGAAAACCAUAUCACUCAUAAGUGGAAAUUAUAUGUGUGGAAAAGGACUUGAAGAUUGUACCAAUGAACUGAUACAUCCAUGUUUUGGAAAUAAAUACCUUACUAAUUAUUUUCUUGGAAGUUCAUCAAAAAGGACAAUGUUUGUUUGGCCAAAGUAUUUAAGAAGUUCAAGAAAUACAAAAGAGCAAAGGUUUCAUGUCGCUGCAAAGAUUAGAAAGAAGCACGAUUAUCCAUGGCCUGAUAACAUUGAUCCAAAUAUCACUAGCGGAUAUCUGAGUUACUUGUCUCACUUUAAGCCUCUGGCUGAGAAACCAAAAGUUGUAACACUUGACUUUGAGAAGCCACUAGUUGAUCUGGAAAAAAAGAUUAUAGAGAUACGCAGAAUGGCAGAUGACACAGGCUUAGAUUUCAGUAAUCAAAUUGGUUCUCUGGAGAGCAAAUAUCAACAGGCUCUGAAAGAUCUAUACUCACACUUAACCCCAAUUCAACGUCUGAUGAUUGCGCGACAUCCAAACAGGCCAACAGUUCUUGAUCAUAUACUUAAUAUCACAGACAAGUGGAUAGAGCUACAUGGAGAUCGAGCUGGUUAUGAUGAUCCAGCAAUUGUGACAGGUAUAGGGAGUAUGGAUGGAAAAAGUUACAUGUUUAUUGGCCAUCAGAAAGGUAGAAACACAAAGGAAAACAUUGCUCGCAACUUUGCAAUGCCAACUCCUCAUGGCUAUCGAAAAGCUUUGCGCAUGAUGAAAUAUGCUGAUCACCAUAAAUUCCCCAUCAUCACAUUUGUUGACACUCCUGGUGCCUAUGCUGAUAUGAAGUCAGAGGAACUUGGUCAAGGUGAAGCAAUAGCCCAUAAUUUGAGGACCAUGUUUGGUCUCAAGGUACCUAUUGUAACAGUUGUAACUGGGGAAGGUGGUUCAGGUGGUGCACUUGCCAUUGCAUGUCCUAAUAAGAUGUUUAUGCUGGAGAAUUCUGCCUUUUAUGUUGCAAGCCCUGAAGCUUGUGCUGCAAUAUUGUGGAAAUCUUCCAAAGCUGCUCCAAAGGCAGCUGAGAAGCUAAGAAUAACAGCACAAGAACAUUACAGACUUGGAAUUGCUGAUGGAAUUAUUCCUGAGCCAGUAGGUGGUGCACAUGCUGAUCCUACAUGGACUUCUCAGCAAAUUAAGCUUGCAAUCACGCAGGCCAUGGAGGAGCUGACAAAAAUGGAUGAAGAAGAGUUGCUACAUCACAGACACCUCAAGUUCAGGUCAAUUGGAGGCUUCCAAGAAGGCAAACCAGUGGAACCGGAAAGGAAACGUAGAAUGAAGCCAUCUGAAGUCAACUCAUCAAACAUCACUGAUGUUGAGUCAGAGCUCCAAGGCCUGAAGAAGAUAAUUUUAGAAGCAAAGGGACCAUCUGAUCCCAUCUCAAAGGAACCAAUUCAAAAGCUUGUAAAUGAAGUAGAUCAAGAGAUCACCAAAGCACUCAUUUCAAUGGGGUUGACAGAGAAAGUUCAGUCUGUGAUGAAGGAAUUAUCAUCUAAAGCCUCAAAUGACUCCCCAAAUCAACAACCCCUUGAUGGAAACUUAAAGGAGAAGGUGGACAAAAUAAUGCAGGAAAUAAAGAGCAAGAUGUCACAGCCAGGUGCCUAUCUAGGAUUGAAACAGAAGCUUCAGAAGCUUGACACUGUCAACAGGCUCAUGGAGGUGAAAUCCCAACAAGAAAAACUAAGACAAGAGCUCAAUCAGAAACUUUCAGAUGAUACAAAAGCAAAGAUAGCAACCCUAAUGCAAGCUCAGGAACAGGGAAGGACCCAGGAAAUGAUCUCAAAUGGGGAAUCAACAGACAAGGAAUUGGAAGAGAAAGCAGUGGAAGUCUACAAAGAGCUAGAAGGGGUUUUCCAAUCAGCUAACUUGGAGGUUGUUGGAGUCAGGAAUAGAAGUGUGGAUGGUCCACUUCCACCAGAGAUUGAACAGAAAAUAGCAGACUUGAACAAUGAGAUCAUUAGUGAAAUUGAUAGAGUGGUGAAUGCAGAAGGUCUUAAGGGCCAAAUCAAGAAGUUGGAGAGUGAGAUAGCUCAAGGAUCAAAGGAUGUGGAAAAGAUGGAAGCUGGCAUUAAAGAGAGGAUUCUUGCUGCAUUGGAUGUUACAGCACUGAAUGAGAAAAUUGAGAGACUGAGGGAGGAGGUGAAGUCCUCAUCCAAGGGAGUUUCUGGAAACAAGAUUGGCAUGGAAAAUGGUAGAUGGUGAAGCUGAAGCACGAAAUGAGUCUUGAUAAAUGCAUUAUUAUUUACUGACCAUUGUUGUUUCUGUUUAAUCAUGAAAUUUAACAGGUUGGAAAUAAACACUUAGCCUCAACCAAAAGGGAAAAAGGGUGUGUGCUGCUUAUCUUAUUUAAAGGCUAUAUUCAGUGUGCUGAUACCUUGUCAUGUCAAUAUCCUCAUUUGACAUGAUAGUGGCAUUAAGUGUGUAUUUGGUUAGCUUAUUUUGUGAUAAGAACUUUUGAUCAAAAGUUUAUAAGGAAUGUUUUUAUUAGAAAAUUAAAAUAAUCAUUACCAAACAUGUUGAGAACUGAUUGAAGUUUUAUGUC